UUUUAUAAAAAAUCCUUUUCGGGGGUCUAAAAGGAGGCUGUGUUGUGGAAACAGAGCUGUAUUUGUAAACCGAAGGGCCCACGCCCAUGGAUGUAUCCCGCUCCCCGCACGCAAGCGCAGUGACACUCCUUCUGUCAAACAUGGCUGUUCUCUGGAAGAAGGAAAAAUGCUGAAUUGUGUUGGCCUACCUCGGGAAAGGCAGCAGACAUGGCGAGAUUGGCUGACUAUUUUAUGGUGGUUGGAUACGACCAGGAGAAAGCCGGUUCAGGAGAGGGAUGUGGAAAGAUCAUUCAGCGGUUCCCCAAGAAAGACUGGGAGGGGACAGCCUUUCCACAGGGGGUGGAAAUGUUCUGCCAGCCCGGAGGUUGGGGGCUCUCCAGGGAAAGAAAGGCACCUACCUUCUUCACUGUCGUGCUGACGGACAUCGAUUCAAACCGACACUACUGCUCCUGUCUGACUUUCUAUGAAGCCGAGGUCAAUCUACAGGGAUCAAAGGGUAUUGGGGCUGAUGGGGAUGAAGAUGAGGAGGCYGAGGAGGACGGCUUGAUCCAGCCAGCUCAAGUGUUUGCACCAAAAAGUCUCAUUCUCGUAUCCAGGCUGGAUUAUCCUGAAAUAUUCCGGGGAUGCUUGGGUCUGAUCUACACAGUAUACAUCGACAGCCUGAAUUACCCCUUAGAGGGUUUGGUGGCCAAACUCUUCACAUUCCAGGUUCCUGUUGCAGGUGGCUCUCAGAAGCUGUUCAGCCUGGGGGCGGGAGAUCGGCAGCUCAUCCAAACGCCUCUUAACGACACACUGCCAGUCACAAACAAGAGUGUUUCCCUUCUUUUCCAGCAGCUGGGGAUCCAAAAUGUUCUGAGCCUGUUUUGUGCGGUUCUGACGGAACACAAAGUUUUGUUUCACUCCACCAGCUACCAAAGGCUGGAAGAGGCGUGCCGAGCCCUGGAAGCCCUCAUGUUUCCUCUUAAAUACAGUUACCCAUACAUCCCUAUUCUGCCUUCACGUCUGCUGGAGGUGUUGAGUUCGCCCACUCCCUUCAUCAUCGGAGUGCACUCCAUGUUUCAGAGUGAAAUCCAGGAUCUGCUGGAUGUUAUUAUUGCUGACCUGGAUGGAGGAACAAUAAAAAUCCCUGAGUGCAUCCACUUGUCGUUUCUUCCUGAACCUCUCUUGCACCAAACGCAGAGCACUCUGUCCCUGGUUUUGCACCCAGAUUUGGAGAUUGCAGACAAUGCAUUCCCUCCACCUCGCACAGCACCCUCUAACCUCAAAUUGUUGGACAAAGAGGUGAGGGCCGUCUUUCUCAGGCUGUUUGCACAACUCUUCCAGGGCUACAGGUCUUGCCUGCAGCUCAUCCGCAUCCACUCUGAACCUGUUAUUCACUUUCACAAGACUGCCUUCCUGGGCCAGCGAGGCCUCAUUGAGAACGAUUUCCUGACCAAGGUUCUGGACGGCAUGGCCUUCGCUGGCUUCGUCUCAGAGAGAGGUCCACCGUUCCGAGCCUGCGAUCUCUUUGAUGAGCUCGUGGCCUUGGACUUCGACAGCUUUAAAGAKGAAGAGGUGAACCCGGCCAAGCUGCAGAAGCACAUCAGGGAGCUCUCCGAGCAGCUGUACAGAAACGAGAACCCAAACCCCCACAUGGCUUUUCAGAAAGUGCCUCGUCCGUCUGAAGGAUCUCACUUGCGAGUGCACCAGGUUCCUUUCCCCCUGCUUGAUGACGAAAYGGUGGAGAGUAAUCUGCAGGAGGGUGUAGCAAAACAUAGCAGCGCACCUGUGUCCCCACGACCUGAGAAGAAGUGUGUCGUACCUGCCGGACCACCUGUUGUGUCCAUUAUGGGGAAGAGCGGCUCCGUGUUUAACAGCGCUCGAAGGCUGGAGGUGGUCAGGAGCUGCAUUUCCUUCAUUUUUGACAACAAGACCCUGGAGACUGAAAAGACGCUGCCCGCCGCUCUGCGAGCGCUGAAGGGUAAAGCUGCCCGCCAGUGUCUGACUGACGAACUGAGUCUUCACGUUCAGCAGAACCGCGCCAUCCUGGACCACCAGCAGUUUGACUACACAGUUCGGAUGAUGAACUGUGCUCUGCAGGACUGCUCCAGCUCUGAGGAAUAUACAGUAGCUGCUGCGCUGCUGCCCCUGUCAACAGCCUUUUACAGGCGGCUGGCUGCAGGAGUGAACCAGUUUGCCUACACCUGCAUCCAGGACCAUCCCAUCUGGACCAGUCAGCAGUUCUGGGAAGCAACUUUCUACAGUGAAGUUCAGAGUCAGAUCCGAGCCCUUUACCUCAACACUCCAGAACAAAACAGGGGCGUCAUCACCAGGUUAAAGGAUGCGGGCCCCCCGCCUGCUGGAGGUYGCGAGGAGCAGCGGACCGCCAUGGCCUUGGCGGCCGAGCAGCUCCGCUCGUGGCCCAGUCUGAGCAAGGAGAAGCAACAGGAGCUGGUGAAGAACGAGGAAAACACCGUGUUCAGCCAGGCCAUCCACUACGCCAACCUCAUGGUUUACCUGCUGGUUCCUUUGGACACCAGCAAGAACAAGCUCCUGCGCAGCGCACCUGCUGCAGACUGGGAAAGUGGCAGCAACAGCAUCGUAACAAACAGCAUCGCUGGCAGCGUGGCGGAGAGCUUCGACACGGAGAGCGGCUUCGAGGAGUCAGAGAGCAGCGACGUGGCCAACUCUGUCGUCAGGUUCGUCGCCCGCUUCGUCGACAAGGUGUGCACGGAGAGCGGGGUAACCCAGGAGCACAUCAAGAGCCUGCACAGCAUGAUCCCAGGAAUCGUAGCCAUGCAGAUGGAAGCUUUAGAGGCCGUUCACAGGGAGAGCAGGAGGUUGCCUCCCAUUCAGAAGCCAAAAAUUCUGCGCCCGGCGCUGCUUCCAGGAGAGGAGUUYGUGUCAGAGGGGCUGAGGGUACUCRUGGAUCCCGAUGGCAGAGAGGAGGCCACAGGGGGGCUUCUCGGGGGGCCUCACAUCCUGCCAGCAGAGGGAGCUCUCUUUCUUACCACAUAUCGCAUCAUCUUUAAAGGCAUCCCCCAUGAUCCACUGGUGGGGGAGCAGGUCGUUAUCAGAGCUUUCCCUGCGGCAACGUUGACCAAAGAGAAGAAGAUCAGCAUCCAGAACCAGCUGCAGCAGAACAUGCAGGAAGGUCUGCAGCUCCGCUCGGCAUCGUUCCAGUUGAUAAAAGUGGCUUUUGAUGAGGAGGUUAGCUCCGAGACGGUGGAGAUCUUCAGGAAGCACCUCCAGCGAAUUCGCUAUCCUCAGUCCAUCUUCAGCUCCUUUGCAUUUGCAGCAGGACAAACAGUUCCUCAGCUAAUCCUGCCUAAACCAAAAGAAAGAAACACUGGCUUCAGAACAUUGUCAAAAACAAUUGUCAAAGGAGCCAAGAGGGCUGGAAAGAUCACCAUGGGCCGAAGCAGCCAGAGCUCACUGAAGAAGAUCGAUAGAGGCAGUCGGAUGACCUGGCAUGAAGACGAUGACAUUUCAAUAUCCGAUGAGGGCGAACCACCACCCAGCAGCACUCUGAGAGCUUCAGAGAAGUCCACUAUGGAGCAGCUGGUGGAGCAGUCCUGCUUUCGUGACUACCAGCGUCUGGGCCUGGGCACCAUCACUGUCAGCUCGUCCCGAUCCAAAUCAGGCGAUCAGUUCAGGAUCACGGCAGUAAACAGGCUGUACUCCCUCUGCCGCAGCUACCCAGGGCUGCUGGUGGUUCCUCAGGGCGUGCAAGAUGGCAGUUUGCACAAAGUGGCUCGCUGCUACAGACACAACCGUCUGCCUGUCGUGUGCUGGAAGCAUCCCCGCACCAAAGCCGUGCUGCUGCGCUCGGGGGGCUUCCACGGCAAGAGCGUGGUGGGACUGUUCAAGUCUCAGAACCCUUCCUCGACAGUGCCAGCCUCAUCCUCAGAUUCAUCCAGUAGUCUUGAACAGGAGAAGUACCUGCUAGCCAUCCUCAACUCCAUCCCUGUUCACUUCAAAAUGAACGGGAACAACACGCUGACCAACCGCUCCCUCGUCGGCCUCUCCCCAGGCAGUGAAAGAAAGACAUCCAGGAUAUCAAAGAUGGCUCCCGUCCAUCUAGACAUCCCAUUCUCCAGCAGCUUCACCCGAGGAGUGCUUGAGUACAAAGAUAAACUGUUCACUCACUCACACCCAAAACCUGCAAGUAAGGAGAAAGUCCUCAAUCAAGGCAUGUGGGCCAGCCUGCGCUCCAGCAGCCGCCUCAGCCAGCACCAACCGGCUGACGUGGGCGCCAGGUUAGCGGGGAAGGAUCUGGCGCCCCCUGCAGGGAGCAGCAGUCUGCAGGCUCAGCUCCUGAAACAUCAGGCCGCCCUUUACGUCUUUGGUGAAAAGUCACAUCUAAGGGGCCUCCGGCUGGACUCCUCUCUGAACUGUGAGCUGGUCCCGGUGGAUUUCGCCGACACGCGGCAGGUGAAAGCUGCGUUUAAAAAGCUGCUGAGAGCCUGCGCCCCCAGUGCCCCCUCAUCGGACUCUGAGGACUCCUUCCUGAAAGCCUUGGAGGACUCUGAGUGGGUCCUGCAGCUUCACAAGAUCCUGCAGCUGGCGCUGUUCCUGGUGGAGCUUCUGGACAGCGGCUCGUCUGUUCUGCUCAGCCUGGAGGACGGUUGGGAUGUCACCACACAAGUGGCGUCUCUGGUGCAGCUGCUCAGCGAUCCYUUCUAUCGCACUCUCGAAGGUUUUCAGGUGCUCUUGGAGAAGGAGUGGCUCUCCUUUGGCCACAAGUUCAGCCAGCGAAGCAACCUGAGCCCCAGCAGCCAGGGCAGUGGCUUCACACCCAUUUUCCUGCAGUUUCUGGACUGUGUGCACCAGAUUUUGGAGCAACAUCCUCUGGAGUUUGAGUUUAAUCAGUAUUAUCUGAAGUUCCUGGCCUAUCACCACAUCUCCAACCGCUUCAAGAACUUCCUGUUGGACUCGGACUAUGAGCGCUUAGAACACGGUUUGUUGUUUGAGGACAAAGGUGACAAGCAGGUCAGGAGAGGCAUCUGCAUCUGGGACUGCAUCAACAGGAUGCACCGGAGGAGCCCCAUCUUCUUCAACUAUCUGUACAGCCCCUCAGAGAGCGAAGUGGUCCUGAAGCCCUGCAUCAGCGUCCCCAGCUUGGCUAAAUGGGACUUCUUCCUGGAGGAGACGCUGUCCACGGGGCCCUGUUACGACUGGAGGAUGAUGGCCGUGAGGUCGGAGAGCACGGAGGAGUCGGACGCCCCCGCCGGCAGUAAGAGGCGGAUCGUUUGGRCGUGUUACAGCAGCGUGAGCCACGCCCAGCCGGACGCCAUCACCAAACUUCUCGCUGAUAUCGAGAGGCUGGAGGCUGAACUGAACCAGGCUCCCGAGAAAUGGCAAACAACUCUGGAACGAGUCCGACUCAGCAUUCAAGAAGACCUCAAACAAGAAGGAACUCUUUGCAAGCAGUCCCUGUCCAUCUCGGGGCUCAUUCCCACGUCCGGCCUGCAGGCCUUCCAGCGCCGCUCCAUGCUGCACCUGCCAGACAGCGCGCUGGGCGACGACCGCAGCCCGACCACGGCCAACGGGAUCAACCGGCGCGCCGCGACUCUCUACAACCAGUUCACCCCCAAAAYCGAGGAGAACAGGUCUUACGAGGGGAUUCUGUACAAACGAGGGGCUCUGCUGAAAGGCUGGAAACCUCGCUGGUUCGUGUUGGACAUCACGAAGCARCAGCUGAGGUACUACGACACGGGCGAGGACACAAACUGCCGAGGCCACAUCGAGCUGUCCGAUGUGGAGAGCGUAACGACCGCGGCGCCCACCAUCGGAGCCCCCAAACACAUCAGUGAAAAGGCUUUCUUCGAUCUGAAAACGAACAAGAGAGUCUACAACUUCUGCGCGUCCGACGCUCCCAGCGCUCAGGUGUGGAUGGAUAAGAUCCAGAACUGCAUCUCCGACGCMUGAGCGCCGAGGUUCAAUCAGCGGUGGAGCCGGGUGAGAGGACGAGCUCGGCUCAGCUUUCAGCCGUCGGCUCCUUCUGGGGYCCACAGUGAAUAAAGUGCCUGGUUAGAGGAGGACCAACUCUUCCUGCUACUCAGCGGCUGCUCGCGCUGUCGCCUCCCUCUGACGUACACGAAGCGAAGAAUAAGCUGAAGGUUUAGAGGUCUGUGCUACUAAGAAAACUAUUAAAUUGUAAUUAUAUCAAAGCUAUAUCACUGGCCGACAAAACUGUGGGUUCAAUUCUAGAAUAGAAAAYUAGAUUUUCUAUCGAAUAUUUUAUUACGGAGAAAAAAAAACGUUACUGCUGCUUACGAAAACGUACAAACCGCCAAAAACUCUGAUUCUGAUGCACAACAUUGAGAAGCAAUUUGUUUGCACUUCGCACUAAAGUAUGCACUCCUUAUCAAAUCCAGAUUUUUUAACAGCCAGGCUCGAUGCGUUUACUUUACAUGUGACGUGUUCUUUGUGACAGAUUAAAGAAUUUGCACAGCAGGUUCAAACUGUUUUUUCUAUUUAAAUACCUUUUUUUUGGUUUAUUUUGUUGAAUGUUUAUUGACUUCUUUGUAACAUGUGUCUCAUGCAAUGUAAAUUAUUAUUUUUUAUUAAAAGUAAUUGCGCGGUGGUGUGUGUGUGUUUUUCUGUAAAUACUUUUGUGACAUUUUAAUUUUAUAGACUUUAUGUGUGUACUUUUCUAACUUUUUUUUUAUGUGUGUUUAUUGGUGCAAAAACCUGAGUGGCCUGUUUUCUGUUUGUGGUUGUGAAUGAAAUGAAGAUCUUUUGUUGUCGCUGUUGUUAAUGUCGUCCAGACAGGCUCCGUGUCUCUUUUUAAAAGCUUUGUAAAGAAUAUAUCUUGUUGAAAGUUUUGGUUUUCAGCUCGUUUCAUCUGUUCUURCUCUCUGCAGCUUUUARUGUCACAAAAACAAYAAGAAAAAAAAAGAAAAGCACAUGAAACAAUUCAAAGAUGUCGGAGGUUUUUUUUUUUUUCGUUACUGUAUCUUUGUAUCAUGUUUUGUGAUGACACUACUUUUUUUAUUUUGGAAAUAAAUCAAAACAUACUUGAAAGAGCA